AUGAGUGGUGUGGAGAAAACACAGAUUUUACAAAAAUAUUUGGGACUAGACCAAAGAGGCAGCGUCAUUGCUGAAUACGUCUGGAUUGACGGUACCGGUAACAUCCGUUCCAAAGGUAGAACUUUGAACAAGAAGAUCACUUCAUUAGACCAGCUACCAGAAUGGAAUUUCGAUGGUUCCUCCACUAAUCAAGCUCCAGGUUAUGACUCAGAUGUGUAUUUGAAGCCAGUAGCGUUCUACCCAGACCCAUUCAGAAGAGGUGACAACAUUAUUGUUCUAACCGAGUGUUGGAACAACGACGGUACCCCAAACAAAUUCAACCACAGACACGAAGCUGCCAAGUUGUUUGCAGCUCACAAGAAGGAAGAAAUUUGGUUCGGUCUUGAACAAGAAUACACAUUGUUCGACGAAUUCGAUAACGUUUACGGAUGGCCAAAGGGCGGUUUCCCAGCACCUCAAGGACCAUACUACUGUGGUGUCGGUACCGGUAAAGUGCAUGCACGUGACGUGAUCGAAGCUCACUACAGAGCAUGUCUUCACGCAGGUAUUGAAGUGAGUGGUAUCAACGCCGAAGUUAUGCCAUCACAAUGGGAGUUCCAAGUCGGCCCAUGCGGAGGUAUCAAGAUGGGUGACCAAUUAUGGAUGGCCCGUUAUUUAUUGAGCAGAGUUGCCGAAGAGUUUGCCGUUAAGGUCUCUCUACAUCCAAAACCAUUGAAGGGUGACUGGAACGGUGCUGGUUGUCACACUAACGUUUCUACAAAGAGCAUGAGAGAAGCUGGCGGUAUCAAAUACAUUGAACAAGCCAUCAGUGCCUUGAGUAAGAGACACAAGGAACAUAUCAAGUUAUACGGUACUGAUAACGACAUGAGAUUAACCGGUAGACACGAAACGGCUUCAGCAUCCUCGUUUUCCAGUGGUGUUGCUAACAGAGGUGCUAGUAUUAGGAUUCCAAGAAGUGUUGCAAAGGAAGGAUUCGGUUACUUUGAAGACCGUAGACCUGCUUCCAACAUCGAUCCUUAUUUGGUUACAGGUAUUAUUUGCGAAACCGUUUGUGGUUCAAUUGAUGACGCUAACAUGACAAAGGAGUAUGAAAGGGAAUUCCAGUAA